AUGUCCGCGACACUGAUAGCAGCAUAUCUGAACCCAGAAACGAAUAUUGGUGUGACAGCCCACGAAAUAUCUGUAGCCGAAGAACUGAUAAUUAACGAAGUAACGUCAAUGGCAUCGUCAACUCUUUUUUCAUCCUCUAAUGAACACAAAGCAACAAUUAGUCACAGCUCCAAAUUCGGAUCAUAUUUGAAAAAAUGUGGCAUGUUAUUAACACCAACAAGAAAAGCAGCACUACGUUUACUUUUAACAAGUACGACUAUUAAACAAGAAAUUUCUCUGCACAUAAUAAUAUCUAAAAUGAGUUAUGAUUUAUCGUUAUUUGGGUUAGAAUAUAGUCGCGAGCUACCAUUAUUAUCAACAUUGGUUAAGAAGUAUGUAGCAAUACCAGUUACAAGUGUAGCUAGCGAAAGUACAUUUUCACAAGCUAAUAAUUUUACAACGGAAAAUCGACUAUCACUAACUUCAGCAACAACGAGAAUGUCUAUGUUUUUGAAAGACAAAGUAUGA